CAGCUGUUAUGGUAUCAAUUUUUUAUACAUGUUUAACGUAAUCUAUUCCUUUAAAUUUCAUAUGAACAAUAAAAUUUAGAAAUAGGAUGAAGCCAUCAUUUUUUGUCACGUGCUUACUCCUAAUCCACCGCGCCAACGCUUUGGAUCCCGAUAACGGAAAAUGCGUUUCCUACGGAUUGUGCCAGGUUUCGGGCAAGGGCCUGCCUUGCUCGUACAGCGGGCUUCCCAAGGAUUUCGACUCCAAUUACACGGCCAUGCUGAGAGAACUGUGCCCUCAAUUGCCGGGAAUUAAAAAUGAUAAAGUGAAAACCUGUUGCGACGUGGACCAAGUCCAUAACCUCAAGCACAACAUGAGGAUCCCGACAUCUUUUUUCCAGAAAUGCCCUUCCUGCUUGCGAAACUUCAUCAACGUGUUCUGCGUACUGACCUGUCACCCGGCCCAAAGCCUUUUCCUCAAACCUCUCUCUCGAAAACCGUCCCCAUUUAUUUCCCCCGAUAAAGAUCCUGCAGUAGCAGAUGCUUCCAGGAGUAUCGAGUCCUCCCCUAACGACCCCCGAAGCUUAAGCAGUAACCCUAUCCAUAACCUGGAAUUUCACGUUACCGACGUUUCUCUAAAAUCGGUCUACGGGGCGUGUUCGGGAGUAACGUUCCUGGGCGGGAAGGUUGUUUACUUGAUGUGCGGGAAGGCGGGAAAACACUGCGACUACCGGAAGUUUUUCCAGUUUCUAGGUCACAACCCCCAAAAUCCGCUCGGAAUAGACUUCAUCUACCAUUCGGCAAAAGACGGCGGCAAUACUUUCGGAAAAAAUGGCGCCAAAUUUGCCGACAAGAACGAACCGAAAGGCGAAAUCGUACCCGUGGAGAUACCCACUUUCCCCUGCGAUAAACCGUUGCCCGACGGUGCGGGCGCGGCUUGCACGUGUCAAGAUUGCCCCAUCGCGUGUGUAGACCCUCUUCCGGCCUUGUCGCCGGACCCGGAAGAUGGGUGGUUGCCUGGAGGCGCCCUGCCUUGGAAAGUGUUGGGUAUGGACGGCAUGAUUUUCGUCAUGACUCUCGUUUUCGUAUGCUUCGCGCUUUGCUUCGGGCUCGCCUUGAUAUGCCGCAACAGAAGUUCUAACGGAUUGCUUGUCACGGAAGACGCCACUAAGAUAAUGAGGGGAGGCCCCAAGGGCGGCGACAGCACCGAGAGGUUUUGCGUUGACGUUGACGGAGGAAUAGGUGAAAUCGAACGGAUGCGCGCCUACGAUAUAUGCGAUGGGGCUCAAAAGAACGGGGUAUACAGGACUGGUGCCGCUAAAAUUACCGAUAAAAAGGACCUGGGCUACAUCACCGAUGCUAGAGGCUUCGCCAUCCUUCCCCACUCCUCUCGGUUCCAGCGGUACAUGGCCAACAGAUUUAGGGAUUGGGGCUUGGUGUGCGCUACCUACCCUACAACUAUACUCAUACUCGGUGUCGUUUCUUGCGGGCUGAUGUCGGCCGGUCUCACCCUCAUGAAGGUCACGACGGACCCCGUUCAACUGUGGUCGGCGCCUAACAGCAGGGCCAGGAUGGAACUGGCUUACUUCGAAGAACAUUUCACGCCAUUUUACCGGAUCGAACAGCUGAUUAUAGUACCGACCAAUCAAAAGCCCGUGAUGUACGACUCCAAAACGUACGGCCCUAUAUUCAGGGAAGAGUUAUUGAUCGAAGCGCUGAAACUCCAAUCCAGCAUUUCCCUCCUCAAAUUCACCAACCGUUCCAGCUCAGAAACUAUCGGAUUGAGCGACAUUUGUUUCAAGCCUCUUUCCCCUGUCAACAACAAUUGCACUACUCAGAGCCUGUUUCAGUAUUACCAAAACGAAGAAAAUCUGCUUAGGGAAGACUUCGGGAAGUCGCCCAACGCUGGAAUCUUGAAGCACUUCGACUUUUGUUCCAGGAAUCCUUUGUCGACAGAUUCGGCCAAUAAACCGUGCUUGAGCCUUUUCGGUGGUCCCAUCAACCCUUGGUUCGUAUUGGGUGGUUACAAAGGGGAAGAAUACGAACAGUCAUCAGCAUUGGUUAUAACUUUUGUGGUCAACAACGAACCCAUCAAUCAACAGAAGUCCGAAUUGUGGGAAAAGGAGUUUGUCGAGUACAUGAAAAAUUAUUCUAACCCUUUGUUCACCGUUUCGUUCCAAGCUCAAAGAUCAAUCCAAGAUGAGAUCGAUAGGGAAAGCAAGUCGGACGUAUUCACCAUUCUUAUCAGCUAUUUCAUCAUGUUCGUCUACAUUACCAUAGCCUUGGGCCAUUUCCGAUCUCUCAAAACUAUUUUGGUGGACAGUAAAAUAUCCAUAGGCAUAGCCGGCGUCUUAAUAGUCUUGGCCUCGGUGACCUCAUCCCUCGGAACGUUCAGCUACAUAGGAGUUCCCGCCACUCUCAUCAUAAUGGAAGUUGUGCCCUUUUUGGUUCUGGCCGUUGGCAUCGACAACGUUUUUAUCCUCGUUCACCAAUGCAGGAGAACUUCUAGAAGUCCCGACAAGAGCAUAGAGCAGCAUAUCGGAGACGUUUUGGCUAUCGUGGGCCCUAGCAUGCUUCUCACCAGUCUGUCUGAAUCUGUGGCCUUUUUCUUAGGAGCCUUCUCUCGAACAUGCCGGCUGUUCUAAAUAUUUUCCCUUUUCGCUGGUUUAGCCGUGUUAUACGAUUUCUGCCUGCAGGUCACGUGCUUCAUCAGCUUUUUAGCCUUGGAUUGCCACAGAUUCGAAGCACAACGUAACGAUGUGUGUUGCUGUCUCCCGCCUGUCCAAAAUUCGGAAGAAAACGACGAAGACGAUAGUGGACAAAAGGAUUACGGUAUUUUGUAUAAUUUCACGGAGAAGUACUAUGCACCUUUCCUCUUGCACAAAUGGAUCAGGCCUAUAGUGAUGACAAUUUUUGCUGGUUGGAUCUGUGUCACCGUAAUUUUGGCGAGUCAAAUUCAUGUGGGAUUGGAUCAAAAGGUGUCGGUGCCUCACGAUUCCUAUGUGCUGCGACACUUCGAAUCAAUGGAAGGCUAUCUUUCUGUCGGCCCCCCGGUCUACUUUGUACUGAAGAUCGAGGACGGCCAUAAGGACCAUCAAUUCAAGCUCGAAAAUUCUCAUGACAAGAAACUCGGGAUUAUUCGGAAUAUUCCUCUCAUCACCAAUUUAAAUGCGAGUGACAACAUUACCACCACGCUGGAUCUGACCCUUCCUCCUCACCAGAAUUUGCUUUGCUCCGGAUCGGGUUGCCAGAAAUACAGUUUCGCCAACAUGAUAGCCUGGCAUUCCACUUACCCCAAUAUAAGUUACCUGUCGCCCUUGUCCGAUGUCAGUUCUUGGAUCGACGAUUAUAUCGCCUGGAGUCAGCCGGGGACUGGUUGUUGUCGGAUCAAAAAACAUUCCUCGAUCCCUGAUAACGUGACCUUUUGCCCUUCCUAUUCCGCCGAUUCCGAUAAUUGCGUGAAAUGUCCCGUGAAAACGCUCGAUUCGAGACCUGUCGGUCCGGAUUUCUACAAUUACCUCCCUUUCUUCUUGAACGAUAUCCCUGGACCUAAUUGCCCCAAGGCAGGCAAGGCUGCUUACCAUCAUGCCGUCAGGAUCAAAGGCAAUCCGAAGCGACUUGAAACUUGCCACUUUAUGGCCUACCACACGGUCCUCAAAACUUCCACGGAUUUUAUCCGCGCCUUGCGUCACUCGCGUAUCCUAGCCGAUAACAUAACGGGAUUUCUUAAUAACCACCUGAUUUCUGGUUCAAGUUCGGAUCUCACAAAUACUCCCUUUUCUUCGAACCAUUCCAAACUUAGUAUCGACUCCAAAAGUGAUAACGCGCGAGCCCAAUUCUCGCCCAAAUUAGAAGUGUUUCCUUACAGUCCUUUCCACGUCUUUUAUGAGCAGUACCUCCUCAUAGUGCGGGAUUCGCUCAUCAAUCUCAGCGCCUGCGCUGCCGCCAUAUUCUUUGUUCAUCUGGCGCUUAUCCACGGUUUCCACAAUUCAUUCCUAUUGACAGUUCUAGCACUUUCCGCCAUUUUAGCUGUAACCGCUGGUCAAUUGGCUUUCAUGCGAUUGGUCAACAUAGAAUUAAACGCCCUUUCAUUGGUCAACCUAGUUAUGGCCAUCGGGAUCGCGGUGGAGUUCGUUUCCCACACUGUUCGAGCUUUCGCCGUCGGGGCAGAAAGGAUAGCCAAAAAUCGCCACGCUUACCUCCAACAUUUCCCGGACUCUCACCGGUACAACUCCCGUCACCUGACAAGAAGCAAGCUGAGGCUCCUAGCCUCUCAUCGGGCUCUCGUGGAUACGGGUAGCUCGGUGUUCAGCGGUAUCGCCUUGACCAAGUUGCUGGGCAUAUGCGUGCUCGCCUUUUCCAAAUCCCGCAUCUUCUCCCUCUACUACUUUCGCAUGUACCUGGGCGUCGUUCUCUUGGGAACGCUUCAGGGUCUCGUGUUUUUGCCCGUAAUUUUGAGUUAUCUCGGACCAGUGCCGGAACCGGAAGAAAGUCUGGAGGACGAAGAGAGGAAAGCGAGAGAACAGCUGGCAUCGGCUAGGCAGAAGCGUGAUGACGAUAAAUCAAGCCACUCCGCUUCCGCCCAAUCUUACGCACCCGUCUCCGCGGGCAAAAAGGAAGGUACGGUGGUGGCGUCCCCGCCUAAAAAAUCGCCGGCCUCGGAUGACGGCAAAUCCAAACCCAGAAAUUUCUCGUCCUACGAUAAUCAUUCCCUCAACGUCGAAUCUCACUCCACACAUGAGCCGGCCAACCACUCCAAUAAGGACGUUGUCGUUGUCGCCGCCAAAUAUUCCACCAAUUCCGGACAUCGCAACCAACGACCUUUAAAUUUUUCUCAUUUUUUAAAGUUACACUCCCUCCAUUUUAUUUUUUUUUUUAACGUCUAUCCAAUUUUUUUUUAUAAUAAUAACAGGUUCCUUCCCAUUCAUGUUUACUCAUAUUUAAAUCCAAGCAUUUACAAAAAAAUAUACCACACCAGCACUAUCACCCCCCCCCCCCUUCCUCUAUUCUUGUCAAAAAAUAACACGAUUUUUUAAUUGAAACUUAAAAUUGCUUAACUUUGAUUCAUAUUCAAAAAGAAAAAAUACAAAUUUUUUUUUAAUUCUUAAUAUGUUUAUUACUGGAUAUCUUUAAUAUUAUUAAUUUUUUUUGUUUUAAAUGUUGCUUAGUAAUAUAUAUAUAUGUACCUUACUUUAGAAAUUCUUAUAUAUGGCGGGAAAACAGUAUGGCCAUGAAAUUAAUUCAAGGGAGUUCUCAAUGCACUUUUUAUUUUUUAUAACAUAACGAUUAUAUUCCCUUAAACCCAUAUUUUAAAUUUUAUAAUAUUGUAUAAUUUACCCCACGCCAUACUAUUUAACAAUUAUUAACGGUUAAUUUUAAAGCAAAUAUAUUUUAUAAUAUAUAUUAUUUUUAUGCUUUUUCGUUUUUCCUAUCAAUAAAAUAAAAAUUGUGAUGUAACAGAA